UCAAAUGUGGAAUUAUUCACUGUGAUUUAAAAGAAGCAAAUAUACUCAUCAAUAAAGAAACAAUGGCAAUUACCAUUUUAGAUUUCGAUUUUGCAGUAGAGUGUUCAAAACGUCUUAGGAGAACAUACGCAGGAACACCACUUUAUGCGCCACCAGAAUGGUAUAUAAAUGGUAUAUAUUACCCCGAGAGUACCGUCGUAUGGACUCUAGGCGUUAUACUCUGGAAGCUAUUGUUCAGAAAAAGCCCUUUCAAGACAACGAAAGACAUUAGGAAAUUCGAAACUUUAGAAACCAUUGACCCUUUUGAAACAGAGAAACUGUUAUAUUCUUCAAAUGUUAUUUCUUUGUUAACGUCACUCAUGAGGAAAAAAAUAAACGAAAGGCCCGGUAUAGACGUACUUCACAAGUUAGCGCUAAGUCUUUGACAAGAACAAUUGUACGUUUUGAAAUAAAGUGUUUCAAUAAUCAAAAAAAACACACACAAAAAAUAUCUUGUGGAGGGUAUUGCUCUUAAAAACGUAUGACAUUUAAUUAUUACAUUUUCUUUCGUAUUCCUUCACAUUUCUAUACAAUAUACAUAUAGACUUUUCUUUGCGUUAUUGUUAUUGUAAAGAAAAAAUAGAGUGUGUGGAGUGGUAUAUAAAAAAGACCCACCCCCAAAAAAGAGAGUGUGGGGGUGUGUAUAUGUUGUCUAUACGAAGUUUACGUGCUUUUUUUGUGUAUGUGUGUGUCUGUGUGCGUCUGGGUGUUGGUAGAAUGAAAGAAAGAAGAUAUUGGAUGAGAGUGUACCAUGCUCUCUGAUUGGAUGGGUACGUUAAUAAAACAAUAUUUAUCCCUUCCAAAAGCAUUUGUUUAUAUUGUGGCUGUUAUUUUUUUUUCGUAUAGUAACACGAGACGCUACGCAUAUUUGCCUAUAUAUAGGCCGUACAUGUAACUACGAAUAUCAGUCUACGAGAUGAACUUCCCUAAAAAGGAUCGUAAGCGUAAGAGUGACAGUUCGUUCGGCGCACGGACUUCUUCUUCUUCCGAGCCUAUAGCCGUACUCGUACCAUCGAAUACGUCGUUUUCAGAUUCACCGUCUAUGCAACUGCAAACUAAAAGUAAACGUCGUCGAAGAGGGAAUAGAAGUUCGUCGAUUGAUUUGAAUGAAGAAAAGGUUAAUUCAUUGUUUCUCAAGAAAAGAAGUUUGACGAGAUGUGCUAAGCAGUAUGGAAGCGUAUUGCCAAUCUUCGAAGAACUCCCAUCGGAUUGGGAUAUGCUAACUUUUAAAAUAGUGAUGCCUAACAACAUUAUAAAAGAUUUAAUUCAUUUAACAGUCUUUUAUUCGACUCAGGAUUUUAUACCAGCAAUAGAUACGUCCAUGUAUCUACCAUACAUGGAUGUUAAGUUAAUUAGAGAUCUUCAAGAAAGAUCCGUUGCUAAAAGUUUGAUGGUAGUGCUCAAGAAAACCAUCGAGAAGUUAGACUCGAAGAUAUUGUUGCCACUAAGAAAAGAUAUGGAUAGAAGCAAAUUAUUUUACUACCGCUCUGGGAAGAAUAUUUCAAUUCAACCUAAUGUUUUGCAACCCAUUAUAUUAGAGAGUAUUACAGUUAUGAAACCAGUAUGGAAUAUUGGUUUUAAUCUAUUCAAUGGAUAUACAUUACCGUAUUAUUAUCCGUACAAAUAUAUAGCCACCAAGACUCACCGACCCACUGUUGGGAACAGUGCUAUGCUCGAAUAUUUUAUGAUACCAGCAUUAACGUCGCAGGAGGUCCGAAACAACAUCAAGAAACUCCAUCUGAUCAACAGGACGUUAUGGUGAAUCAAAUCGUAGAAAGCAUCAAGACGGUUUGUACCCUUCCCAUGUUUACAACCGACGACGAUUUAUGGAACGUGUUUUCAAAAUUCGUCAUCAGUCAGAAAAACGAUUUGGAUUCCAUGAGCAGCAUUGUCGAAAGUAUGUGUGCAUAUCCAGCCAUUUGGGAACAACCACACGUGUACGCAAGCGGUGUGCGGAGUGUGAAUGCGCAAGUUCCUUGGGACUUUCUGAAGGAAUUUUUGACUAAUAUUUUUUUUUCGUGUAAAAAUGAGGGUAAUCAACUGGACACUUCUUUACUCGAAGCUUCUUUUUUCUUUUACGUCAUUUAUAGUGUAAUUCGAUACAGUGAUCCCAUGGAUUGUACCUUUAUUAUCGAAUGCACAAAUGUACAAGUAUUGGCAGAAUUCUAUUUGAGGAUGCGACCUAUACUAAAUCCCUUUAACAUGAAGCUGAAUACUCCAGCUUCCUUAUUUAUGGUGAGGCAUAACAUAAAGUCUAUCGUCGAUUCAAACUUUGGCACUGUCAAUGAGAACAUGAAACAUGCACAAGAAGGCAAACGCACUGCUGUGGGGUUCGCUCACGUUGCAAGGCAUACUAUUACAAAUCCAAAAACCUCUAAUAGAGGAAAUAAAAAAAGUUUCAUAUUUCAUCUUACGAAUUUUUGGGAAUCUGGUCAAGACGAAGCCUUUGCCAAUAGGUUCUUGCACCCACAAAUCUUCAUUGAUAUAAUGAGUACUCUUAUGAGUAUUUAUACUAAUACAAACGUUGAAGACAUUACGGACACUCGUCUACAUAUGUGGUCUAAACAAUGUCUUAGUGAAGUACUUAAUUCAAUCCGUAUAUUCACGAGAAUAAUGCCAUCAAGCAACAAUUGUGUCGCCGCUGCUGCUGCUGCUGCUGCUGUUAAAAGCAAUGAGAAGGAAACACCUCAAACUUCUGCUGCAAUACAAGUGUCAACGGACGAUCCAGAGGAUCAGGUUUUUCAAGAUGUGCGAGAUCGCAUUAACCAAUUGACAGAAUCUUCGGAUCCCUGGGGAGGAUGUGACGAAGACAUGGCAUGGACAUCGAGAAUCGACAACGCUUCGAAUGAAAAACCAAUGCUGGGGGUAGGGGGUUCCGAAGAGGAAAAAGAAGGGCUCGAUAAGCCGACCGAACAUGGUGUUGACAACGCAGUAGAAGAUGGCAAGGAAUAUCAGGCUGCGAUUACCCAAGUUCGCAAAGACAACGAAGAAGAGUGCAUAACACAAGUUGUAAAAAGCUAUGACGGACAACCGAUAUGCCAGGAAGAGUCCCAAUAUCAUGGAAGCGAAAGAGCGCUUAUUGGUAACGAUGGCAUAGUUAUUCAAGAUUGCCAAUACGAUAAAGAGUGUGAUAUACAAUUCAUGACUAAUGGGGAAGAAGAAAUGUGUGACAAACAUAAGCGCUACUCUGAAGCAGGCGCUUGUGACAACGUUGAACUCUAUGAUAAAGUUAAUGGAGAUAUCGACGACCGACCAGCACCCCCUUUGGUGGACGAGGUGUCCUGGCAACCACCACUCAAUCUUGACGAUGUUCUGAAACAAUCCAUUGCCGAGUGUGAUUUACCUUGCAAUGAAGAUGUCGGCUGUAACGAAGAUGCACCCUGCAUGCAAGGUCGAAUCAAUUUUGACGAGAUCUAUUUACGUACACCAUGUCCUAGCUCGUCAAAAGAACCUGGUACAUCGAUUAUCAACAGGGUGGCUAUUAAUAACGUAUGCAAGCGAAGAUUAGCAGAAGAAUUAUUUCAAGGUAUCCAUACAGACUCUGAGUUUAAUUUUGACCCUUGAUUACUAAAGAGAGGAUGAACAAGUCUUAUAUUGAAGAUCUAAUCAAAUACGGUUUUGAUAGUAAUGACAGUAUUGACGAUUGUUUAUCACAAUCGUCAAUAUAUGAUACAUUAAUUGACGAUAGCGUCUAUAGUGAUACUUAUUGUGACAAUGCGGACGAUGAU